AUGCCUGAAACAUCACAAACCUACCCCAAUGCGACUUUGACGCGCGUUCUGCUCGUCGCCAGCCGAUGGCUGAUCUUCAUUCCCAUCAUCACAACAACUCUGCUGCUUUCCGCAGGCACGUUUCUGUAUAAUGCUCCCUACCGCCCGGCCGUGUUGAGCUUAGGCUUGAGGAGUCUGGCAAUGGUUUCCUAUGAUGGUAUCAUGCCCGUGAAUAAGACUCACGAGUCCGACUCGCCCAAUUACAUGGUUACGCUCCACAAGUUCCCCAAUGCAUUCAGCUGGGAAUGCCCAGAUUGUCCGGCCGUGCUGUACUCGCCGCGAGGUUUCGUCGAACUCGCCGGAGUAGCCGAAACCGGGCCGUACGCCGGAUACUAUCCUCUGACCCUCAUGCUCCACAUAGCCGACAAGCUAUCCGGCAAGAACGAUAGUGCCUUCUGGCACUGCUACAGAGACGCGCCCCAGCCCGACGGCACCGACUGCCCUGAAAGUGUCUUCUUCAAGGGGUGGACCAAAUCCUUCCACGACUUUUGGCUGACUGGGGUCUCGGAGAUCCCCAUAUCGUUCAUCACUUACGUCUUCUGCCUCGUUCUCGCCGCCAUGCUGCUCGUCAGUGAGGUUCUCAUCACCUUUGCCCCGCGGCACAUGAAAUGUCGCUGUCUGGUUGGUAAACGCUGGUGUCCCUACCCGAACGGGACGGCGGAGGAGAUCGAGUCACUGCCCGAACACCGCUGGGAUCGCGUUCGGAUCUUCACCUACCCUCUCUUGCUGGCGUACUUGUUCCUUGCGGCCGUGCAAGGUAGCGUCAUGCCCAUGUUCUUCCUCAGCAUUGUUAAUUUUAUCGACCACGACCUCCCCCAGGGCAUGUCUAUGCGGCCGCGGCAGAACCGCCCUUACAUGGUUUUGCUCUGGCUCAAUGUCCUGAUGUCGGCUUUGGCGGUAGUGUGUAUAGCGUGGAGGUAUCAUGUGAACAAACCAAAGGGCCACAUCACGCUAGACGAUUUGGCAGCGUACGAGCCCGAGGGUCGAAGUGAAGCCGCCACGGAGCCGGUGGCCGAGGCAAGUGUGGCGGAAACCGAUGCGAAUGCCGACGAAAGCGACAGCUCUGAAUCGGACGUUCUCUUGCCAUUUUCUGAUACUGAACCUAUUACAGAGGAUGAAAGCACGCCAAAGUAA